ACGAAGUAAUGUUGUUGGACGUGAAUAAAUAGGGUUCUUAAUUGAUCAAAUAUAUAGCUGCAGUACUGAAAGCUGUGAGAUCGAAGUGAGAUCGGUACAGUACAUCUAGAGUGUUUGAAAGAGAAUGGAUUCACUGACAGAGAAGCUCAAGUGCCAAGCGGAUUCUAUUGUCCAUCUUUCAUUAGACACACCUGAUCCUUUGCUUCUGUCCAGUUGUAAAGAUGCUGUUGAACUUGCAUCCAUGCACUGUAUGGCAGCAUGUGAUCCCCAAAGUCUGUUUACAUAUGGACCAAGACAAGGGUUGAAGUCCUUUAGAAAUGAAUUAGCAGACUUUCUCCAUGAUCACUAUCAAGAUAAUGUAUCAAGCGAGCACCUGAUGGUCACAGGAGGUGCAACACAAGCUCUCAUCAUGCUGUGUAGUGUUUUCUUUGAAAAAGGGGAUGCUGUAUUUGCAGAGGAGCCAAUUUCACCAAAAGAACUGGAUAUUAUGAAACUUCUUGGCCUCAACAUUAUACCUGUUCCAGUAGAUGAAGAUGGACUUGAUGUAAAUGAGUUGGAAAAACUACUGUCAUCUAACUCCUCAAAAGAAGAUCGUUCUGUUUCGAAGAGAGUUUUUUCUGGUGGUCUUUUUUUGACUCCUCAUUUUCAGAAUCCAACAGGAGCCUGUUUGAGUGUUGAAAGAUGUAAGCAGCUUGCCAGAUUAGUCGCACAACAUAAUAUCCUUUGCAUAAGUAAUGAUGUUUACCAUUGCUUUUCCUACGGUGAUGGUAAAGCGCCAUUUGGUGCUCCCCCAAAGAGGCUGUUUUCCUAUGAUACCAGCCACGGUAUCGCUGAAGCUACGGGUCACAUCGUAUCUUUAGGUACCUUUUCUACCAUUUUUAGUCCAGGGAUGCGGAUGGGUUGGAUUGAAGCAUUUCCUAACAUACUGGAUGCCGUUAAGAAUAGUGUAUUUGUUAAACACUGUGGUCCACCACAGCUUUACCUAACAGGAGUGAUGGAGAGUGUUCUUGGUCUGGGCUCGCUUAAAGAAUGCUUGGCUCUUCUUCGUCACACUUAUAAUUCACGUUUGGAGUGUCUAUGUGAGGCUCUCAUCCAGUACUUACCAAACUGUACUUUCAUACGACCAAAGGGUGGAUUUUUUAUCUGGCUUGUUUUACCAUCAGACAUGGAUGCUCAAGUUUUACUUAAAGUUUGUAAAGAGAAGUUCCAAGUUGAUUUUCAGCCUGGUUGUUCAUUCUCCACAGAUUCCACCAAGUUAAAGACCUAUCUACGACUUAGCAUAACUCGUUAUGGCGAUCAUACCCUGACCAAUGCAGUCUCACGGAUAGGAGAAGCCUUAAAAGAACUUACAGCACUGAGAUAAAAGUGAAAAGACAUAAAUGGGAAUAGAAAAUAGUAUUCUUCGGUAUUAAAGUAAUUUCUACGGCCAUUA